UUACGUUCGUUUUCGCUUCCCACAAAUAUUGUAGCACAAUAAUUACGUACGGGUAAGUGAUUCUACUGAGAAAAUAACGCACAGUCAUAAACGAAACCUGACUAUUCAAGUCAAACUCGAAAUCUGCUGCACUAAGAAUUCCAAGAUGGUUUUAGAAACUAUUUCCAGGAUAAUAAAAGUUCAGCUCCCAGCAUACCUGAAGAAGCUUCCUCUUCCGGAGACGAUCGGCGGAUUUGUAAGGUUGACAGUGUCCGAAUGGCUGCGGUUGCUGCCUCUGCUGGGCAUCUUGGCACUACUAGGCUACAUGACCAUUCGGCCCUUCUUUCCCAAGAAGAAGACGCAGAGAGACUCUCUGAUCAACCUGAAGAUUCAAAAGGAAAACCCCAAAGUGGUCAAUGAAAUAGACAUUGAAGACCUUUACAGUGCAAAUGUGUGCUACUGUCGCUGUUGGCGUUCCAAAACUUUUCCUGUUUGUGACAAGUCACACUUAAAGCACAACGAGCUGACCGGGGACAACGUGGGACCACUUAUACUCAAGAAGAAAAUCCUAUAAUAGAGAUUCCCCUCUCCUCCACUACUUGCAUCGUUCAUUUACACUCUGUAAUUGUUUUGUUUUUAUUUCCACGUACAGGUGAAAAUGUAGUGUCUUGCAGUCAUCAUUUGAAGUCGUCCCUAUGUGUUGACAAAGAAACGAUAAGUUUUUCUGUUGUUUCAGCAGCUCGAUAUUGGUGAAUUGGAUUUUCAAAAAAAAAAAGUUUGGGACUCUUAACUUGUUUGAAUGUAUGACUGUGUGCAUGUAGGUUACGCCUCUGUUUGUGCCCCACGAUUGGCUAGUGACCAGUUUUGGGUGUAGCUCCUUUUUCUCCCUAAAACAGUUGGAAUUUACUCCAGUACGCCCACAUCCUUUGUGAGGAGACCAGUUCAGAAAAUGGAUAGAUGGACAAUAUAACAUACUCAAGCACAAGUUAAUACAUAAUGUGUAUUUCUUGCAACUUUUCUGAUGCGCCCGGUGAUUUUACCCAAUCAUUUCAAACCGAUGCACAGUCGAGUUGUAUCAGCAUUGCUGUCGAAUAUUACGUAUAAAGUCUUAUUGAGGCUCAUGUGAGUGACCGAAA